AUGGAGGCGAACGGUGACAUGAUGACAGAGAGACUACUGAACGAGGAGAAUGGAGUCGCAGAAGCCACCCCGACCGAAGCCGCGAAGAAGCUUGAUCACAUUCUGAUUCAAAACUUAAUCUCCCUGGACGACGAGGUGAUCGAGAUAGUACAAAAUGUGAGAGAUGGCUUCCUUAUUCUGUCCAAUUUCAACUCAACAACAGGAGAGUGGAGUCAACAGAGAGAAACGGUGUGGCUGCAAGAGAUAAAGGACAUUUGUGAUCAUACAGUGGCAGUUGCUGACAAAUUCAUUGACAGAAGAGAAAGGCGGAGGAGUUUUUGGGAGGUGCUCAACCCUUAUAGCCAACAUGCUAUGGAGAUGAGUCUUAUGAAAGAGAUGGAGCUUAUCAGUACUCAGUUCGGAGAUGCAGUUUACAGAAGGUGGACUUUUGGAGAUGGAGGGAAAAUAGUCAUGGGAGACAUGUUAGGAUCAAGAUCAAAACCUCUUACGUUUACAUGUUUGCCACUGUUUGUGUUUUCAUGGAGAUCUUUGGACCAGAAUUUGAACACAACCCGAAGAUAUUUAACUCUAAUGCGAGCGUUUCUGAGUGAUAUUGAUAGCACGGAAGGCUUGAUUCUGAAUGAAAGGCAGAAAGAGUGGUUGAAACAACUCAGAGUGGUGGCUCGGAAGGGGAACUCUCUUUUUGAUGCGCAUCCAAAGGAUCGUGGGUUUCACUUUCUCCCUAAAAUAAUCAGAUUUGCGAGGGACAUCAACUUCUUGCUGAAUGAAAUUCUUCACAUCUCACACAGGAGGAACAUUUAUGGCAUUGAAAGUAUUCAAGGACGAGCAGAAGAGUUGGAAUCUGGAGACGGGAACCUGAGUGAAAUCAUUGUUCAUCCCAGGGACAACAAUUAUGGGACGGAGGAAAAUUCUCAUGCACCACCAAAUUCUUUUUCGUAUCAGAAUAUGACAGAGCUAGAACGAGAGUUGGAAUUAAUCAGAGGCGAGAAGCAGUUGAUGGAAGCACUGUUUCGAGAUGAGCAAGACAUAGGAUCGGAAAAGCUGGAUAAAAGAUCCAAAGUCUGGGUGGACCAAAUGCGAGAUGCUGCACGUGAAAUUGAUGGUGUCAUUGCUGAGUACGGGCCAACGGUAAACAACAUUUUGGAAUACCAGGCACGGUUGAAUAUCUUGGACACAAUAAACAAGAUAAGACACAAAAUUCAAGAUGCCUCCAGAAGUAUAAAAGCAUAUGGUUUACUUCAACGUCAAUCCCGAACCGAGUUAUUGUGGACCAUUCAAAUAUUACGUCCAGAGACGCAAAAAUUUCACGUUAAAGAACAAAGAAUCGUUGGAUUUGAUGAAGACGCAAAAGUUGUGAUGGUCCAGUUACUUUCCAAUGAGAAAGUUCGGUGCAUUAGUUCAAUAGUGGGGAUUAAAGGCACGGGUAAGACAGCCCUGGCCAAGUUGAUAUUUAGAAACCAAUCUGUCAUUGACCAUUUUGAUUGUAGAAUAUGGAUAUCAGUGUCUCCAACUCUCUGCACACUUGAACAGCUCAGAGACAAAAUAGCCGAGCAGGCUGCCAAAUUAAUUAUCAGACACCAACCAGAGAAAUGGACAACGAUCGACGUGCUCAAAACCUUAGAGAGUAAAAAGCAUCUCAUAGUGUUUGAUGGCGUCGAAACUCUCCAUGUCUUGGAUACCUUGAGAGAGACCAUACCUGACGGGUCAACAGCAAGCAGAUUUCUUCUUACCACUCGCAGUGCAAUUGUAGCGCAAAGUGCAGGUGCAAGGUUGUCCUUUGUUCACCCUUUACGUUUAUUAGAUGAUGAAAAUAGUUGGAUUCUGUUUGCAAGAAAGUUGAGGGUUAACAUUUAUUCAGAACCAAAGCUACAAGAGAUCGAGGGAAAAAUUGUGACCAAAUGUGGGGGCUUGCCAGGGGAAAUAAUUAAAAUGAGCACUUUGCUUUCACGUAAACCUGCGACAGAGGACGAGUGGUCGCGCGUAGAGAAGCGUGAGAACUUUUGGUCUGAAGCACUCGUCACAGUCAACACCAACUUACCUUCGUAUCUGAGGAGAUGUUUAUUCUGUUUUGAGUUAUUCCCUGCUGAUUUUGAGAUUCCUGUGAGAAGAUUGAUUGUCCUGUGGGUGGCAGAGGGUCUAGUGCAUGUUGGGGAAGACCAAGAUGAGUCACCGGAGCAAGUAGCAGAGAGGUACUUGACAGAGUUGAUAAAUCACAACAUAGUUCAAAUUGCCAAGAGAAAGUCCGACGGCGAGAUCAAAACAUGCCGUCUCCCCAGUGUUUUGCAAAAGUUCUUGCUGACAAAAGCUCAAGAGUCCAGCAGUCAAGUCCACCCUAGCACGGAGCUGAAUGCAGUCACAAAUAGUUCCCGAACACGUCAUGUGGCAGAUCGUCUCAAUGAAAAAGAUACCUGGCACAAAUAUAUUCAUGGCAACGCUAGAAAUGAUUCGACUUCCCUGGUGACGAAAUUCAAGGGCGUUCUCUCUUUCAUGUCCUUCGAUGAUAGAGAAGGAAGAAAACCUGGUAAAGAAUUAUACAAGUUUCUGAACCGAUGUAUUUCCAGUCGAUGUCUUCUAUUGCUGCGGGUGCUUGAUCUUGAAGGCGUUCACAAGCCCAAAUUGCCUGAAAACAUUAAGAAACUUACUAGAUUGAGGUAUCUUGGUCUAAGAUGGACUUAUUUAGAGUCUCUUCCAUCGUUUAUAAGCACCUUGCAGAAACUCCAGACUCUUGAUCUGAAGCAUACUUAUAUACAUACCCUAACCAGCUCCAUUUGGAAGACGGAACUGAGACACCUGUUCUUGAGUGAGACUUAUCGAACCAGAUUUCCAACCAAACCAAGAGGUGUAGGUGAUUCUCUAUCUGACCUCCAAACAUUGUGGGGACUUUUCGUGGAUGAAGAGACUCCUGUGAAGGGUGGUCUUGACAAAUUGGUGGAUAUCAAAAGAUUGGGAAUAGCAUGCCAACCAAUGUCACCCCAGCCAGAAGAGGUGAUGGAAUCAAAACUCCAGGCAGUAGCUGAUUGGAUUACAAAACUAGGAUACCUUCAAUCACUGAGACUAAAAUCAAGAGAUGAAAAUGGUCGACCUUGGAAUAUAAACUUGAAUUCUUUGGAAAAUCACAUCAAUCUCUAUGACAUGUAUUUGCUGGGAUGCUUGAGUAGUCAAUCUAUUCUAUCCCAGUUUCCCCCAAGCUUGGUUGAACUUACCCUAUCACAUUCCAAACUAAAGGAUGAUCCCAUGCAAAUUUUGAAAGAUCUUCCAAAUCUUCGUUCACUGUCUUUACUUGCAGAAUCCUACACUGGAAAAGUUUUCUAUUUCGUAUCUGACAGCUUUCCUCAACUGCGUGUGUUGAAAGUUUGGAAGCUGGAACAAUUGGAUUAUUGGAGUAUAAAUCGGAAGGCCCUCCCCUCUCUGAGAAAACUGGAAAUCCGAUCUUGUCCUCGCUUGACAAAGCUUCCUUUCGGACUGUGGCGUGUUAUUAGUCUCCUUGAGUUGAAAGUGACGGACAUGGCAAUGGAAAUCUAUACUCAUCGCAUUCCGCCCAACUGUAAAGUCCACAGGCAUUUCUCCCAACACUACCGUGAAUCAAUCAUCUUGCCACGUGAGCUGCAGUCUGUCAACAGCACAUUGUGA